GCGCCAUUUUGAAUGUUCAGAGGAGAGUAGGAGGCUACAGCAAAGGAAGGAGGAUUAUAGGAAGAAAGUCAGGAACUCUUAAGAUUAGAGGGUGAACCAAAGAAAUACCGAGAGGGCAUGUCUCCAAGAUCAGCGCUCAUUCAUUCUCAGACGUUUUGCUUGCUAUAAAACAAACACGCCAAAGUUAGCAGUCCUUUUCUAAAUAUCUGCAGCACCAAGCCAAGUGUUUACGUCCAAGUGCUUUUAUUUUGAAAACCCACAUUUCCGGUUACUGUCUUGGAAACCGUGGUGCGGUCGCUGCCUUCACACUGCUUAUCAAGCCCACUGUCCGACAUCGCCACUCUCGCCAUGGCAGGAGCCGGAGGCGGGAGCAACGAUGUGCAAUGGUGCUUUUCGCAAGUGAAAGGGGCGAUCGAUGAUGACGUAGCCGAAGCCGACAUCAUCUCUACUGUGGAGUUCAACCACUCAGGGGAGCUGCUAGCCACAGGGGACAAAGGUGGUCGGGUUGUCAUCUUCCAGCAAGAGACAGAGAACAAGAGUCAGCCUCAGUACCGUAGUGAAUACAAUGUUUACAGCACAUUUCAGAGCCAUGAGCCUGAAUUUGACUACCUGAAGAGCUUGGAAAUCGAAGAAAAGAUUAACAAGAUCCGUUGGCUACCGCAAAAGAACGCUGCACAGUUUUUGUUGUCCACAAAUGAUAAAACUAUAAAGUUGUGGAAGAUUAGUGAACGUGACAAGAGACCAGAGGGAUACAAUCUUAAAGAAGAGGAUGGCCGAUACAGAGAUGCUUCUACUAUCACAACUCUACGGGUGCCAGUAUUCAGGCCUAUGGAUCUCAUGGUGGAGGCCAGUCCACGCAGGGUCUUCGCUAAUGCCCACACCUACCACAUCAAUUCCAUCUCGGUCAACAGCGACAACGAGACUUAUCUGUCGGCAGACGACCUGCGCAUCAAUCUGUGGAAUCAAGAGAUCACAGACCGCAGCUUCAACAUCGUGGAUAUAAAGCCAGCCAACAUGGAGGAGCUGACGGAGGUGAUCACAGCCGCCGAGUUCCACCCCCACCAAUGCAACACAUUCGUCUACAGCAGCAGUAAAGGAACCAUCCGUCUGUGUGACAUGCGAGCAUCAGCACUUUGUGACAAGCACUCUAAAUUGUUUGAAGAGCCAGAAGACCCCAGCAAUCGCUCUUUCUUUUCUGAGAUCAUCUCCUCAAUCUCGGAUGUAAAGUUCAGUCACAAUGGCCGCUACAUGAUGACCCGAGACUACCUGUCCGUCAAAAUCUGGGACAUCAACAUGGAGAAUCGUCCCGUUGAGACAUACCAAGUUCACGAGUACCUCAGGAGUAAGUUGUGCUCGCUAUAUGAGAACGACUGCAUCUUUGACAAAUUUGAAUGCUGCUGGAAUGGGAAUGACAGCGUGGUGAUGACUGGAUCCUACAACAACUUCUUCCGAAUGUUGGACCGCACCCAGCGGCGGGACGUCACCUUGGAGGCCUCGCGUGAGAGCUGCAAGCCCCGGCAGGUCCUGAAGCCGCGCAGGGUGUGCGCAGGUGGCAAGCGGAAGAAGGAUGAGAUCAGUGUGGACAGCCUGGACUUCAACAAGAAGAUCCUACACACCGCCUGGCACCCGCAGGACAAUAUCAUCGCCGUGGCAACCACCAACAACCUCUACAUCUUUCAGGAGAAAGUGAACUAAUGCUGUCGUCCCGGGGAAGGAAACCUCCAAACCUCAGUCUAUGUGAAAAAGAUGAACUAGCGAAAAUCAUUUCUGUGACGACCACCACCAUCAUCACAUACCAACCUUGGCCUACUCCAGGACGGGAUGAACUGGUGAAGCUGGCUAGUGGCUGCCAAUACUGAGUAAACUGGUUCAAUCUGGUCUGGAGAGAGUGCGACCUGGCUUUGGCCUCUGUGGCACCGUAAUACGCGCCUUGCUCUGGUGACGUGCCAACCUCUGUCUGUACCCUCCAUCCUUUUUUCCUUUUACCUAUAAGUUUGAGCCCGGGGACGAAAUGGGCGGCAAGUUCCAAUCAGAUUUCAACAAUAGUUUACUUUUUUGUUUGUUUGUUUUAUUUGUUUGUUUUGUUUUUUGGCUUUGGUUUAUUCAAGGUGUCUGUAUAAAAACUAAUCUGAACUUAUGUGGAUGUGUCCCUGUGUUCUUUAACGCCCAAUAUGUCUUUUGUGCCAUUGUAACCGUUUUUGAAUUUUAUCAGAGAAACUGCCAAGUUGUUUAGUUUUAAUUCUGUUUCAAGAAUAAGUGUUUUUUAUAGUUUUUUUUUUAGUUAACUACACAUUCUACACAUUUCAUACUGUUCACUACAGUCUAUACAGCUAGAAAUGGUUUUGGCUGUGUCAAAGUGCAGGGCCGUAUUUCUUACACCCUUGCAUACACAGACCCUCUCGGUGCCCCAGCGCUUUUUUGUUAGCACAAACAGGCCUGUGGCGAAAAUUGUCACUUGCUUUGUUUGCUGUUGUAGUCUAAUGUCUGCACUUGUUGAAGCACAUACACCCCGGUUGGACUGCUCGCUCAUGUACGAGUCAUACGGCCUUACAGGAUUUCUUUUUCCGAUGUGAUCCAUGCCCACUUUGUCUACUCUCUCUAUCUCUCUACAAACUGAGAAAGAUUAUAGAGAUUAUGAUAAUGAAAUGGUAUUUAUAAACUGAACAAACAAAUCAGA